UAAAAAUUGUUUCUCUCUCAUUUUGACCGUUUUUUUUUAAUUUGAUUUUUAAACUCUUUCAACUACCUCAUCCGUUAUCUUCCAUCUUCCAUCUUAAUUACCUCACCCUUUUCUUCUCCCUCGUGAUAAUUUCUUUUGUUUCAGUUAACUGUUUCUCUUCAUUUUCUCUCAUUCACUUUACUUAAACUCUUGGUUCUAUUUGCAUCUUUUUCCUUGAACUGAUCUUUUUCUCUCUUUCCUCAUUAAACGAAAUUGUUUUGUUUCUUUUUUUUUCUUCUUCUUUAAUCCUUUGAAUCUUGUGAAUAACGAAAAUGUCUUCUAAUAAGAUGUACGUUGUCAAGCGAAAUGGUCGACAAGAAUCGGUCAUGUAUGAUAAAAUUACCUCUCGAGUAGCUAAACUUUGCUAUGGAUUGAACAUGGAUUUUAUUGAUCCACCUGCGAUUACUAGAAAGGUUAUUGAUGGUCUAUAUCCUGGUGUAUCUACCGUUGAAUUGGAUAAUUUGGCUGCUGAAAUUAGUGCCAGUAUGACCUCGCAACACCAUGAAUAUGCCAUUCUUGCUGCUCGAAUCGCCAUUAGUAAUCUACACAAAGAGACAAAGAAAAAUUUCACCGAGGUUAUCGAAGAUCUUUACAAAAUGUAUGAUGCUGAUUCUAAAUCUCCUUCACCCAUGAUUGCUGAGAAAACAUAUCAAAUUAUCAUUGCCAAUUCAGAGACUCUCAAUUCAGCUUUAAUCUAUGAUCGGGAUUUCAGUUAUGAUUAUUUUGGCUUUAAAACCUUGGAGAGGUCUUAUCUACUCAAAAUAAAAGGUAAAGUGGUUGAAAGACCUCAGCACAUGUUAAUGAGAGUUGCUGUUGGAAUUCAUGGUGAAGACAUUGAAUCUGCUCUUCAAACCUAUGAACUUAUGUCCCAAAAAUGGUUCACUCAUGCAUCUCCCACUCUUUUUAACGCUGGUACACCUCGACCUCAACUAUCAAGUUGUUAUCUUCUUACCAUGAGAGAAGACAGUAUCGAGGGAAUCUCGGAUACUCUUAAAGAUUGUAACCUCAUUUCUAAAUAUGCUGGUGGAAUUGGACUUAAUGUUCACUGUAUUCGAGCAAAAGGAACUCGAAUUGCUGGGACCAAUGGUACUUCUGAUGGUCUUAUACCAAUGUUAAAGAUGUUCAAUGAAUCUGCUCGUUAUGUUAACCAGGGUGGUAAACGACCUGGUGCCUAUGCUAUUUAUAUUGAACCUUGGCAUUCUGAUGUUUUCGAUUUCAUUUCUUUGAGGAAAAAUACUGGUAAAGAAGAGAUGAGAGCUAGAGAUUUAUUUUUGGCUCUUUGGGUCCCCGAUCUUUUCAUGGAACGAGUUAAAAUGGAUGGCAUGUGGAGUCUCAUGUGUCCACACAAAUGUCCAGGUCUUUUUGAGGUUUAUGGUGAUGAAUUUGUUGAGCUUUACACCAAAUACGAAAAUGAGAAACGUUACAAUCAACAAAUUAAAGCUCGAUCUCUCUGGUCGGCAAUAAUUGACGCUCAAAUGGAAACGGGUGUCCCUUAUAUGCUUUAUAAAGACCAUUGUAAUAAUAAAUCGAACCAGAAAAAUCUUGGUACCAUUAAGUGUUCCAAUUUGUGUACUGAAAUUGUUGAAUACAGUUCACCCAGUGAAGUGGCCGUUUGCAAUCUUGCCUCAAUUGCAAUUAAAAAGUUUGUCGAUGAAGCGACCCGACAAUUUGACUUUAAAAAGUUAAAAGAAGUCACUAAAGUUGUCACAAGAAAUUUGAACAAAAUCAUCGACAUAAACUUUUAUCCUCUCAAAGAAGCCGAAAAUUCAAAUAAAAGACAUCGACCUAUUGGCCUCGGAGUCCAAGGAUUAGCUGACGCAUUUCUCAUGAUGAGAUAUCCAUUCGACAGUCCACAAGCUCGAAAAUUGAACAUUCAAAUAUUCGAGACAAUCUAUUAUGGAGCAUUAGAAUCAAGUUGUGAAUUAGCUGAAGAACUUGGUCCAUAUGAAACAUAUCAAGGAUCACCCGCUUCCCAAGGUAUCUUACAAUACGACAUGUGGAAAGCUGAACCAAGUGACCUUUGGGAUUGGGCAGAAUUGAAAGCUAAAAUCGCUAAACAUGGUCUUCGAAACAGUUUACUUCUUGCUCCCAUGCCAACCGCAUCAACUGCACAAAUUUUGGGAAACAAUGAAUCGAUUGAACCAUAUACCAGUAACAUUUAUACACGACGAGUACUUUCCGGUGAAUUUCAAGUUGUCAAUCAUCAUUUGGUUAAAGAUUUAACCGAACGUGAACUUUGGACUGAUGAUAUGAGGGAGAAAAUUGUUUUCCACCGAGGCUCAAUCCAAGCGAUCGAUGGUAUUCCCGAAGAUAUCAAACAAUUGUACCGAACUGUUUGGGAAAUCCCUCAAAAACAUAUUCUAGAAAUGGCCGCCGAUCGUGGAGCCUUUAUUGAUCAAAGUCAAUCGUUGAAUAUUCACUUCGAACGACCUACCGUUGCUAAAAUGACCUCAAUGCAUUUCUAUGGUUGGGAACUUGGUCUUAAGACUGGAAUGUAUUAUCUACGCAGUAAACCCGCAGCUAACGCUAUUCAAUUUACCGUUGAUAAGAAAAAAAUGUCGCAAACAAUUAAACAACAAUCAACCAAACCAACCCCAGAGGAACCAACGGAAGAGGAAAUAUUUACCUGUUCUAUUCAAAACAAAGAUGGUUGUCUAAUGUGUAGUGCCUGAUAAACUAACGAAAGUCCAAAUUUUACUUAAUUGUUCUUAAUUGUGUUCCUUAUCAUGUUAAUCAUCUUCCAUAUCUCACUUUUUAUACUCUUUUUUUAAAAAAGCAAACUUUCAAUUGCUAAAUUGUUCUCAUUAGUUAACACAAAACAAAACAUUCAUAUUUUAAUUUCUUAUCGAAUAUAAUGUUUGUAGUCACAAUUAAUCAAGUACAUAGCAAAAUUUUGUUACGAAAAAAACUAAAUUGCUCAAUAAACAAUCAAACAAUUUAA